AUGAGAUUGUUACGUUCUAAUGGUAACCUCUACUUUAAGGUAUGGUUUGGAGAUAACCGUGCCUCUAUCGAAUUUCAUGAGCGCGGAAAAAAACACAAGGAAGCACUGGCUGCAAAGCUUCGAGAGCUUAGUCGAGCUAGCCGAGAGAAGGAGAAAGCGAAAGCGCAAAUGAGCACUGCUCUUGCUGCCAUGGAAGCAGCCGCCCUUAAAGCGAUGCGUGAAAAUGGCGAAGGAGUGGAACACGGGCCAUCACUUCCUUCGACGGGAUUGGCAUCAAAGAUUUUCGACCCUAGGCAACUCAAGGAUAUCGGAUCAAUGGCUCGUGAAAUGGCAAAGCGUAAGAGUGAAAUGCAGGAAGUAAAAGCACAGAAAAGGGUUCCACUAACUGUGCCAUGUAGUACACCAAAAUACUUCAAGCGAGAAUUACCAGUUCCUGUUGAAUAUUUGGAGUCGAAUGUUGGAGUAGUCAAGCAAGAGGCUGGGAUUCUUCCAUUAUGUGAUGAAACGGUAUGGGUAGAGGCCGAUGGCGGUGAUGGAAGAACUUAUUACUACCAUAUGUAUACUGGAGUUUCGCAAUGGGAGAAGCCAAAAUCAUUUUACACUGCUGAAGAAUAUAAGAGACGUUUCCUCGAUGGCGAACUCCCGAAAUCGACCAUGGACAACGAAACAGUAAAACAAGAGCAACCGUCAGCGGGCACAAAAGAUUCCAACGAUGAGGAAACUCGUGUGGUAUCACAAGUAAAGGAAGACGGUGAGUCGGAAGUCAAGACUGAACCCGAUGAUGUGGAAACAGCCAGUGACCUUGCUGUUGGCGACAUACCACUUCCUGGACCUGAUGUGCCUGUUAAAAAAGAACCUGUGGAAUCAGCAAUUGAAUCUAAUUUAGUACCUGUUUCGACGCCUACUAUCACACAUGAAUGCCAACCUGCUGUUGAUACUAGUCAACCACACAUGGAUGAGCAGGACGAAGAAAGUCCCGCACCCCCACAUGGUCCUUAUGGUUCUUGGCAACGGGUGACAAAAGAGGAUAGCCAACAGAAGUUCUCUCCUUUAACGGCAAAAUAUCGCGCAGAGGAGGAGCGUGAACGAAAGUUACUCGAGGAAAAAGAAAAAUUAGCUACAAAAGACGAACCAAGCUUGGAGUUUACUGAGAAAACAGGAGCUGUUCUAACUAAAAAGGUCAAGGGUCCGAUUGAGUUUAAAAAACGGUCAGCUGCAAAGAGUGUUCGGCAACGAAUAGAUUAA